AUGGCGUCUCCAAAGCCAAGUCACGAGAAGUCACCAAAAGUUUAUCUCCGUAAUGAAAGCUACACAUCCACCAUAACAGAACCAUCAUAUAUGACGCCAUAUUUAGGUACUCCAGUCACUUACAAACCUGGUGAGACUAUAAUCUACACUCGACAGCCGGCAACUAUGCCUCGACAUCAAUAUCAGUCCACUGAACCAACAAGUGAACAGCCCUUCUAUGCGGAUGAGUCUACUCUCCGAAGUGGGACAUUCAGUGAAGCGUCUAAUGAUUCAAGAAGUCGGCAUUCAAAAGUGAGUCAAAGAAAUCGUAGUCGUCGUCAUCAUCAUCAUUAUACUCACGGAAAACCGAAGAUUGAAGAUCCCGAUGGAUAUUGGCAAGUGCCGCACAGCAACCAUUCAACAAUGUCAGGUCCCUAUGUUACUCCAGGAGGUAGACACUUAUCAAGGACUCCGAAAAAACACACUGCAGGAGUGCAGGUAGUAGGAAUGGAUCAAGUGAUCGGUGGAAAAACUGGUAAUCAAGGGGGAUCAUACAAUGAUAUUACACAGGAACUUGAGGACUAUAUACAAACUUCUCAAUACCUUCCUUCCGAGCGUUCUGAUGUGAAAAUAGCAUUCCACUAUGAUCCAACGGCUGAUAUGGCGGCAAACUUUGGCGAAGAACUGCUUACACGUUUGCAAGCACAAUGUCGAGCCCAUCUCGCCAAGAAAAAAUUUAGAGAAGACGAAGCUGUACGAAUAAUUCAAAAGAAUGCGGCCAUCUACUUUGAUCCCUGGGUCCGACUUUUCCUUGUUCUCAAACCCCAUCUCAAGCACUUUAGGCUUGAAGAGGAAAUAAUUCAAUUAAAGGGUGAACUUGAAAAGUACAAAGCUAUGGUCGACGUUCUGCGUUAUGAAAAUGUGGCCUACCAGGACAAGAUAUCACGUCUUCUUACCCUCUUGGAUCAAAUACAACCAGGAGGCACAAGCAGUGACCUUGUCAGCAAACUCGUGAAAGAAUUAUCAAUGGCAGUUGCGGACCAUCAAAAACAAUGGAGAUUAAUGGUUGCGCAACUUCCAACUGGCGAAGUGAGUGGUGUUCCAGGUGGAAUAUCUGCUGUAAUUGGGGAAAACAAUGUAAGCUCCACAAUAGAUCCAUUGACAGCGAAUUCCUACAAGGUGGCAAAGGAGAAUGCUGAAUUUUAUCGAGAACAAUUGGAAAUGUUGAGAGAAGAUGCUUCACCAAUUUGUGCUUAUAAAUCUUUUAUACAGAUUGGCGUACUAUCAGAACGUGUAGAACAACUUCAAAAUAUGCUUACACAAGAGAGUUUCCGAGUGGAACGAAUAAGUGGCGAACUGGAGACAGCAAACGGACAACUGGCUGAAGCACGUGAUGCUGAGGAUGAAUUAACCAACAUGGUUGAGAACCUCAAGGGCGAAUUAAAUCGAUAUCGCCUGGCCUCGGCAACCAGUGAAGCUAACACUCCCGGUGAACCAAUGAUUGUUGCCCAAAAUAUAGACAACACAUUCGCAUCUGCCCCGCUGCCACCAACAUACGAAUUAAUAAAUGACAAACAGGUUGCUAAUAACAGUGCUCUUAGAAGAUUAAAUGGAAUUCGCACCUACUUGACAGAGAAUCCCGAAGUCUAUGAGACCCUAAAAGAUACCCCAUUGGGUCAGGGUGGAGAAUACGAUAUUCUUUCAGCCACUGAUAGAAUGGGAAGCACUUCGAUGGGCCUAGAUGGCACACUAGGUCAUUCAAUGAACUCUGUAUUCCACUCUCAAUCGCAUGUUGAGAACUACCAUCUUGGAAGAUCUCAAGAAUUAGAGGCACGAUAUGAGGCACUUCAACAGAAGUUGGAAGAUGAAGUUGGCUACAGGGAGGAUCUUGAACUCGAAGCGCAGGAAAUGAGAAAUAAGAUUUCAAACCUUCAAAGACAAGUCAGGAGACAGAGAGAUGAGCACGAGGAGGAGAUGGUGGAGAGAGACCAAGCUCAUAGUAGACGUGUUAGGGAACUGGAUGAUAUGGUUGAUGAAUUGACAAAGGAGAAACUGGGUCUGGAGAAACGAUGCCUUGAACUCCAAAAUAAAUUUGAAGAACUUCGACAGACUCCUGAUCAAAGUGAUAGUGAGAGUGCCGAAGUUGGUCUUCGCGACGCUCAAGCCAAACUCACUGCAGAAAACCGCCAGUACCAAAAGGAAUUGGACAAAAUCAGGGAGGAAUUCGAACAAUACAAACGCGAAAACAAUACCACAGAACUCAAAGAUCAGUUGGUUGAAAAAGAUGAGAAAAUUUCCCAAUUGGAAGUCAAUCAGCGCCAUAUCAGUUCCGAUAUGGAGAUACUCAAUGUUAGAUUACAAAACGCCAAUAAACUUCUUGAUGACAAUGAACAACGUCUACGCGGGUUGACCAAAGAACGCCAGGGUCUAAUGCAUCGUAUCUCGCAACUGGAGAGUGAAAGAGACGCUGCAGUUCGUGAAGCUGCUUCUGCUGCUGGAAAAGCCGGUGCCGAAAGAGAAACAGCUGUGGCUCGUCAACGAGAGCUUGAGGAUCUCAAGCACGAGCGUGCAGUCUACCAGAAGGAUAUGACAGACAUGAAACUCCAAUUGAUGGAGACUAGCACAAAAGCUGAGACCGAGAAACACGCUCUUGAGAAACGUCUGGCAGAUCUCGAAACUUCUUCUAGCAAGCGGGAAGCUGAUCUCAAAGCAGAAUUGGAUAUGAAUAAAGAGAAGCUGGAGAAUCUUCAACUGGAGCUCUCUGAGCUACACAAGGUUGAAUCUGCCACUUCAACAGACAAUCGUCAUUUAAAAAGACAGAUAAGGGAGCUACAGGAUUCUGUGGAGAACUAUAUUCGAAGAGUCGGCGAACUAGAGCGUCGAAAUUCAGAUCUAUCUGCAGAAGUUGAAAGAGCAAGAGCAAAUCGUGAAGUCACGGCGUCUAUGUUGAGGGAUCGACAGUCUCUGGCCAGCGAGACUUAUGAACAACUAGUAAGAUCUUCAACACCAAUUGGAGGUACGGAUUCUGUGGAGUUUUCCGAUGAAGACGUCUCAGAUGGCGAAAUUGAAGGUGAAGGUGGUUUGACUUCCUCAAACACAGAUCUAAGACGGCGUAGUGGUCUGAAUAGCACCCAAACCGUGGAUAGAUUUCGCAACAGAAGUCGACAUGGGCCUUCAUCGCGUUCAGGAUCCCGAUCGAGCACAUACAAUCCUUCUCGUUCAUUGUCUUCUUAUAGACAAUCUCCUCCGGUAUUGUCCACAUCAAAAGACAAUUCCUCACCUCUUCCGCCUCUAUCAGCCACUCUAGCAAGGCAGGCCGAAUUGCUACCACAAACGACAGCCAGCCAACAGCAACAAAACGAUCAACCCCAACAGUCAGCACCUAGUAAUUGA